CUUCUCUUUAUAUAUAAUAACAUCCAUCUCCCAUUUAUUUCAAUCCCCAAAUCGGAAUAACAUCACCACGAACAACCAUAAUUUUUAUUCCCAAAAUACCCCUCCCUCUUCCUCUUCCUCUUCUUCUCUCCCUCCUCCAACCAUGAACCGCAAGCCUUCCCGCUCUCGCCAAGCUUGGGUACCUCGUUUCUCUAACCCUAAUCCAGAUUCUCGCCAUGGCCAUGGAUCCCAGUCUCAAUCCUCAUCGGAUCCUUCCUCGAUUCCCCAGCUCGUUCAAGAAAUCCAGGAUAAGCUCUCCCGCGGUGCCGUUGAGUGCAUGAUUUGCUAUGAUAACGUCCGGCGAUCGGCGCCGAUCUGGUCCUGCUCUAGCUGCUACUCGCUUUUCCAUCUCCACUGCAUCCGCAAGUGGGCUCGCUCUCCUACUUCAGGUGAUCACUCCUCUGCUUCCGGCUCCGCCUCCGCUGCUGCUUCCUGGCGUUGCCCUGGUUGCCAGUCUAUUCAAGCUAUCAAGCCUGAAGAUCUUUCCUACCUUUGCUUCUGCGGUAGCCGGCGGGAUCCCCCCAAUGACCUCUACCUCACCGCUCACUCCUGCGGCGAACCCUGCCGCAAGCCACUGGAUCGCGGUGAUCCCGGAGAGAACGAGUAUCUUGAUCCUUGUCCUCAUGUCUGCGUGCUGCCGUGCCACCCUGGCCCUUGCCCGCCUUGCAAGGCUUUUGCCCCUCGUAGGCCUUGCCCUUGCGGGAAGAAGACCGUCGUUCGGCGCUGCUCUGAUCGGACAUCUCCCCUCACCUGUGGUCAGGUCUGUGGUCGGCUUCUCUCUUGUGGUCGCCACCGCUGUGAAAAGAUCUGCCAUACUGGGGCUUGCAGCCCCUGCCGUGUCUUGAUUACUGCGUCUUGCUUUUGCUCCAAGAAAUCUGAGGUUGUGCUCUGUGGUGACAUGGCGAUGAAGGGGGAGGUUAUGGAUUCGGAUGGGUUCUUUUCUUGUGAUUCAAUGUGUGGGAAGAUGCUUGCUUGUGAGAAUCAUGAUUGCCGUGAAAGUUGCCAUCCGGGGCCGUGUGGUGACUGCGAGUUGUUGCCGGAGAAGAUCAAUACUUGCCAUUGUGGGAAGACGCCAUUGUCGAAGGAGCGUGAGAGUUGCUUGGAUCCAAUACCUACUUGUUCGCAGGUUUGUUCCAAGUUGCUUCCUUGUGGUGUUCAUCGAUGUGGAGAGACUUGCCAUGCUGGGGAUUGCCCGCCUUGUCUGGCCAAGGUUGAGCAGAAGUGCCGGUGUGGGUCAUCUACACGAACUGUAGAGUGCUUUAGAAUGUUGGAAGAGACGAAUAAAUUUGUGUGUGAGAAGCCGUGUGGGAAGAAGAAGGGUUGUGGGAGGCACAGGUGCAGUGAGAAAUGCUGCCCUUUGUCUAAACCCAGUGGGCAGCUUGCUGCUUAUGAUUGGGACCCUCAUUUGUGUUCAAUUUCGUGCGGAAAGAGGCUUCAGUGUGGACAGCAUUCUUGCCAGUUGCUGUGCCACAGUGGCCAUUGUCCACCGUGCUUGGAAACCAUCUUCACUGAUCUUACCUGUGCUUGUGGGAAGACUUCGAUACCUCCUCCUUUGCCUUGUGGUACUCCGAGCCCAUCGUGUCCUCAUCCUUGUUUGGUGCCUCAGCCUUGUGGGCACUCAGCAGCUCACACAUGCCAUUUCGGAGACUGCCCUCCGUGCUCUGUGCCUGUAGUGAAGGAAUGCAUUGGUGGGCAUUUGCUUCUGAGGAAUAUACCUUGUGGUUCCAAAGAUAUCCGAUGCAAUCAGCUCUGUGGGAAGACUAGACAGUGUGGGUUGCAUGCUUGUUCCAGGACUUGUCAUCCUCCUCCUUGUGAUUCAUCAUCUGGGUCAGUCUCUGGAGCAAAGUCUUCAUGUGGGCAAGUUUGUGGCGCACCACGGAGGGAUUGCAAGCACACAUGUAUGGCAGCUUGCCAUCCCUCUGCUUCGUGCCCAGAUUUGAGAUGCGAGUUUCCAGUCACAAUCUCCUGUUCUUGUGGCCGCAUCACAGCUAGUGUUCCAUGUGGUGCUGGCGGCAGCACAAGCGGAUAUCAUAUGGAGACUGUAUUUGAAUCAUCGGUAAUUCAGAAGCUGCCAGUGCCUCUUCAGCCAGUGGAAGCAGAUGGGAAGAAGGUGCCUCUUGGUUUGAGGAAGUUAACUUGUGAUGAAGAAUGUGCUAAGAUGGAAAGGAAGCGGGUUCUCGCUGACGCAUUUGACAUAACUCCAAAUCUGGAGGCAUUGCACUUUGGGGAGAAUGCAAGUACUUCUGAAUUGCUUUCAGAUCUCUUGAGAAGGGAGCCUAAGUUCGCCAUGGCUGCUGAGGAGAGGUUCAAGUUCUUGGUUAUGGGGAAACCUAAAGGAAGCACUUCCAGCACCCUUAGAGUUCACAUAUUCUGCCACAUGAUCAAGGAGAAGAGGGAUGCAAUUAAGGCUUUGGCAGAGAGGUGGAAGCUUGCAGUACUUUCAGCAGGAUGGGAACCCGAAACGUUUGUAGUUGUUCAUGUUACUCCCAAGUCCAAACCUCCAUCUCGGAUCUUGGGCGCCAAACCUGGCCUUCCUAUAACCGCUCCUCCCCAUCCUGGUUUUUUUGAUCCGCUGAUUGACAUGGAUCCUAGGCUUGUUGUCUCUAUGCUUGACUUGCCAAGAGAUGCAGAUAUCAGUUCAUUGGUUCUCAGGUUUGGUGGCGAAUGUGAGAUGGUUUGGCUGAAUAAUAAGAAUGCUCUAGCUGUUUUUAAUGAUCCGAUGCGGUCUGCUACUGCUCUAAGGAGGCUGGAUCAUGGGUCAGCGUAUCAUGGUGCGGUCAUGGUCCUUCCAAAUGGUGGAGCAUCCGGGCAACCAGUGAGCAAUGCAUGGGGGCUUGUACAGAAAGAGGGAACAGUACCUGCAAAGAGCAGUGGUAAUCCAUGGAAGCAAGCUCUUGCCACGGAGUCAGAAUCAUGGGGUGAUGCUACAUUGCCUCAUUGGAGACCGAAUGAAGUGCCUCCCAUUGCGGCUUCCCCAAACAGAUGGGAUGUUCUUGAUCCAAAUGCUUCUGCAAAUACAGUGACGACUGAAUCAGUGGAUGGUCAUAAUGUGACUACUAUGAUUGAUCAAACGCAUGGCAGCGUAAGCUCUUCUUCUCAGGGUGUGAGCAUUAAUAGUGAGGCAGUGGUUGAGGAAACGGUGGAUGACUGGGAGGAGGCCUAUCAGUGACAGUGCAAGCAUAUUCCUAUUUUGCUGGCAGCUGAUCAUGAUGGAAUUUGGUUGAGGGUGAAUACAAUGAAAACACCAAAACUGGGAAAUGGGCCUCUUUGGAUAUGCAGAAGUUAUGCAUGAUACAGAAGCGAAAAAAUGCAAGCCGAGCGGUAAGGUAAAAGGGAAGAAUCCACCUCCAGGAAAAUGCAACAAAAAAAACGACUCCGAUUGCUGCAAAGCCGGUGAAUCUUAUAAAGUGUAUACUUGUUCACCUCCUGUCACGAAUAACACAAAAUGCGGUGCUGACGAUCAAUGGGUUCAAGAAAGGCGAAGACGGUGGUGGACCGUCUGAGUGCGAUAACAAGUACCAUUCAGAUAAUACUCCGGUCGUUGCUCUGUCGACCGGAUGGUUGAAAGGAAAUGGUACUAAGAGGUGUCUUAAGCAUG